AGUGUGGUGUUUAUUAAAUGAUAUCAAACUAGUUUUAUAACUUAUAUAAAAAUUACACGCAUAUUUUUCUAUUUAUUAUAUUUUUUGCAUUUUUUUUCAUGUUUUUUAUUUAUAUUGCAAUUGUAAUGUUGUUAUUAAUAUAUCUAUGAAUUCAAAUAAUCCUGAAUUUCUUAAGCAAGUGUUAAUCUGAAAUGAUUAACACGUGACAUCAAUUUCUGUCAUUAAAUAAUGAUUACAGAUUGUCUCAAUAUAACCUACAUAAAAACAUUAUAACAAAAUUAUGAAGGAACUCGGAACAAAACAAUUACAAAGACUGGAGAAAAAGAAAGCAAAAAUGGCAGCAUUUUUGGAAAUUGCAAAACUCAAUGACAGAGAUAAGGAAUCAAAAUUAAAGGCUUUGAAACAAGCUACAAGCACCACUGAUAAAUUUAGUAAUCGAAAUAAUUCUAAUGUGGAAGAAAAUUUAAAUCGCAAACGAACUUGUAACAAGGAUUCAGAUGAUACUUGUCUAAAAACUAGUAAAGAAGAGAAAAAUCCCAAUGAGACAGAAUCACAGGUUGACAAUAAAAAACCUAGAUUAACUGACUCUGAAGAAUAUGCAAAUUUAAAAGAAGAACUUAGGAAACGCAAAAAGAAACUCCAAGCAAUUCCAAGACUUACUCUUAAAGCAGUUGGUGAAAAUGCUACUUUAGACAUUGCAAAAAUAGGAAAGAGAAUACCAAUAUUUCUCAGUGAUGUACAGCAUCUUCUGCUAUAUUCACUGCUUGGACAUCAUUCUCCCUACUUACCAGCAAGGUGGUGUCAACUUGAGAAGUAUAACAAAGUAAGCCACACAGUAGUUUUUGUGGUCGAAGGCUUAUCAGCAUAUCAUUUCACAGCUUAUGAGAGUAUGUUUCCACACAUAGUAAAAAAUUUAAAUCAUCGUUUAGAAGUGGUAACACCUACCGUCUAUGGAGCAUCCAUAACAGAAGAACUUGCAGCUGUUCCUUUAACAGGAACUCAAAGUGAUAAAUUAAUAAAACGAUAUGGUUCUUUGGAAACUGCUUUGCAAACAAAUGGAGAUGUCAUAAAGUUAUUAAGAAGUGCCUUUCCUGUGCAUUCGACAAAUAAUAAUGCAAAAUCUGUAAAGAAUAAUUCUAAUGAAAAUUUACCACCUACUGACAAGUUUUGCAGAACAAAAUUGCUUUUAUCACUAUGGCAAAUGAUAGAAGAAAAUUAUCCUGUACCAUUAAAAGGGACAUUAGCAGAAAGAUACGGUUCAUACAUAUUGACAAAGGAUGCUUAUGAAGAGGCCACAUCAUCAUCGCCAAUGUUCAGUUUAGAUUGUGAAAUGUGUCUCACGACAAGUGGCAAUCUAGAACUUACCAGAAUUAGUAUAGUGGAUGAAAGUAUGAAUAUCGUGUAUGAUAGUUUGGUUAAACCUGAAAAUCCAAUAACAAAUUAUUUGACACGGUACAGUGGCAUCACCAAGGAGAUGCUGAAUGAUGUUACAGUUACACUGCACGAUGUUCAACAAGUCUUGAGAACAUUACUUCCUCCAGACGCAAUUCUUGUAGGCCAAAGUUUAAAUUCUGAUUUACACACAUUAAAAAUGAUGCACCCUUAUAUUAUCGAUACUUCUAUAAUAUUCAAUCUCACUGGAGACAGGUAUAGGAAAACAAAAUUGCAGAUUUUAGCGCGUGAGUUUCUUGGGGAGGUCAUUCAAAAUAGUAAAGCUGGACACUGUUCGACAGAGGAUUCAAUGGCUUCUAUGAAAUUGGUCAAGUUAAAAUUAGCUAAUAGCGUGGAUUACGGGGAUGCGGUGUUGCUUGGUGGCCGCGAUAUGAAAAUUUUAAAAAUGGAAAUGGAUGAAGGAAAGAUGUCACAGCGGGCGUUGCAAAAAACAGAAAUAAAGAAAUACGCUACAUCGAUAUUUAGCCACAUAACGAAAAAUAAAAACACAGCUGCCAUCAUAGGCCGCGAUGAAAUAAUAUCAGAAUAUUCCAAAUAUUUACAAAAUUCUUCUCUUAAUAUCAUGGAUGAUGAAAGUUUCGCAAAGAAUGAUCAAGUACGUCUUGUAAUAGCGAAUAACGACAAACAUGCUGUAGAACGAGCCUCGCAAAUAGCAAUGGAGCACGCUUUUGUAUUAUGCCAUGUGAAAAUUAAAGAAGAACAAUUAGAAGACGAGCGGAUAGAGAAAACCUUUCGCACUGUGAAUAAAUGGAUGCAUAAACUUUGGAAAAGUGGCGCAGUAAACAGUCUUGCAUGCGUGAUAUUUGGUGGACUAGAGAACGCUGCAAACGGUACUUGUUUUUUAAGUAUCAAGAAAGAAAUAUCACCGGAUGUCGUUCUACGUGCUUAGGAAAUUAUUAUUUGUGAUAUGUGUGUUGCUAAAACAUUUCUCUGACUGAAUAUCCUAUGAAAAAAAUUUGUGUUAAUAGUGCAAAGAAUCCUAUUUGUGAAUAUGUAUUAGUUUGAAUACAGAUGUACAAGAAACUAUCAUUAACAGGUACUUUUAUAUUUCUUAUUUUGUAUUAUAUUUAGAUAUUGUAAUAAAUGAAAAAUUAGGAAUUACACAGAAUAUAUUUAUUUCGCAUCUCAACAUACCUUGGCUCAGAACAUUUUUAUUUCAAAAUUAAAAAAUUCCAAAAAAUCAUUAAACAUUGUGAAAUUAUAAUAAUAUGAAAAAAAUUCAUCAGCUUAUCAUUUCAUUGGUAACGUAUUUAUAGAAUCAACAGUUUAAGCGCAGUAAUUUGCAUACUACAACUUAUAUUUAAAAUAUUGUUUGCUUCAAAAUUCAUGCGUAUAUGAAGUACUUAUAACUAGGUUUGCCAGAUCUAAUACCAACAUUUCCGGGACAUAUCUGAGGCAAUGGUUAAAAAAUGGAUUAUUAAUUAAAGUCUCACAUUUUGAAUUUGUUUAUAACCGUUGACCUCACAUAUAAUUUUUUCGACAUUUAAAUUUUAAUUUGUUACUUGUCCAUUUCCUUCUAUCUGUUCUUACAUUUCUCUUGACCUCCUUGUCUUUUUCUUUAUAUUCUUUUUCCAACUGGAGCAUUUUAUUUCUUGUUUUACGUGAAAUUAGUUUGGCUUUUAUUUCUUUUCUCUCUCCUUCUUUCCUCCAUGUUUCUGCUGUCAUUCAAUCUUUCUUUCGUGGAUUCUUAUAGCCCAGAACCUAUUCUGCUGUUUCAUUUAGCAUAUUUUUCACUUCUUCCCAAUAUUGCUCUACAUCCUUAUCUUCUAUAUCUUGAAACCCUUGGUAUUGGUUGUGCAGUUAAUUUUAUCUUUAGCUAUUCAUGCUUUACAAACAACGUUAAAACAAUAAUUUUAUUUAAUGAAGAGCCUUUAUAAAUCAUUUUCUUUUAAUGUACAGUAGAAAUCAUCAAGCGUUGUAGAAACAGCGAUUACUGUCUUUCUUUGGUCGGGUAGCUCUUCCGAAUCUAAGUCUGGUCGUAUAAAUUUGGGCCAUUGUGAUUCAUCACUGCGCAACCAACUGGGUCCGUUCCACCACAGUUCCGAUUUUUUGAGGACCUCUGGGCAUGCUCCACGCGAUAGAAUAUCGGCCGGGUUGUCAGCAGUUCCCUCGAUUAUCCGAGAUAAUGUGAGAGGAGCAUACCUCGGAUAACCGAAAUCUCGGAUAAUACGGAAAAUAGAUACAUACAAAGGCUGUUUUAACUUUUAUGUAUGUAUGUUUUUAUGUAUUUGAAAACAACUUUAUUAUUAGAUAAAAAUAUAAAAUAUAAGAAUCAAUUGACGAAUGCACAUUAUUCUUUGUUGCAAACAUGCGUUAUUGGCUUAACAAAGUCAGUAAU